AUGACAGAAGAAUUUGUCACUUCACUCAAGGCGGUUACCGACUUCUUAGGUGAACACCCCUCCAAGAUUACCCUUCAGAGUCUCAAGUCACUCAGUGAGUCGAUUAAACUCGCUCCGGACCAGACAAAAUCAGUUAUGGAUCUGGCAUUUCGUGAACGUACGCUCUCUCUGCUCAGCGGGAGCGAUUCGAUGGCGGAGGUACGCGCUUUACUUAGACUAGCUGCUUCAGCUGCCGUGGAGAGCGUCUGUUCUGCUUCCACGCCUUUCCUUCUCUUCGCUGAUCUCGUCAACACCAAACCCAUCGCUGAGGCCGAGGCCAACUUCCACUUUCUGGAAGAGACAAUCAAGGCGCUUAAGGAUGCUUCACUAUUCGGUUCAGGGCGAAACACGCUACUCCGAAUGUGCAAUGAUCUGCUUCGCCGUUUGUCCAAGUCUCAGAACACUGUCUUCUGUGGUCGUAUCCAGCUCUUCCUCACCAGUCUUUUUCCAUUAAACGAAAAGUCUGGUCUCAACUUCACCUCUAACUUCAACUUGGAGAAAGAAGUAGCUUUCAACCAGGACCCCGACGAGAGCCUUUUCCACUCUCUCACCACCGAGACAGGCGCUGAUAGGGAUGACGGAGACGAUGCGGGAAGCGCAGUUAAUCCUAGCACCCUAGUCAAUGCUGACCUAUACCGCCGUUUCUGGCGACUUCAGGAGCUAUUGAAGGCACCUGCCCACUGCUAUACUUCGGAAGGGUGGAAGGCCUUUGUAGAGUGCACCGAAUGUGUCGUUUCCACCUUUCAGAGCAUUCGACUAACAACUGGAUGCGGGAGUGAGGCGCCUUGGCAUCAGUUUACCAUGUACCUGACCAGUGAGAAGCUUAUAGAUUUGCAGCUCAUGGAUCGAAGUUUCCGUAGGUACAUCCUUACCCAGUUGGUCAUUAUCUUCCAAUACCUCACUGCACAGGUGAAGUUCAAGAAUGAGAGUCAGCGUCUGAACGAAGAACAGCUACAGUGGAUGCAAACCCAGCAGGAAGCGAUUGUUGAGCUUUUACAUAGAGAUGCUGCUUCUCCCUCCGAUGUUACAGAGACCGUGGUGGAACAUAUUCUGUAUCGUGAGGCUCAUUGGAACCAUUGGAAGAACCAAGGUUGUCCUUCCUUCAUUAGGGAACCCGAGAAGUCGGUCCUCGUUCCACGGAAACGCAGGACGAACCCUCUACAAGAUCGAUCCGGCAGGAGAUUGUAUCGAUUUGGAAAUAGCGAUUUGGACGAACUGUGGUCUGCAUGUCCAGACAAUUUGGAGGCUUGUCGGGACAAACGACGCGUUUUCCAACCUCCUGAUCUACAGACUUACUUUCAGGACGCCAUUCUUGAGUUGGAUCCACAAGAAAAGGUGGAAGAGCAAUAUAAGUGUAUCAAUCGUGAGGAGUGGACCUGGCGUGCUCUGCGAUUGCUUUCGCGUCGAUGUGGUCAGUUUUAUACCAAUUGGAAUCCUCCUGGCCGUCCUAUUAAGGAUUACUUGACCAACAUUCUAACGGAGAAACUGCAAAGCGAAAGCAGUGAGAGUCGAUCAAAUGGGGAGGCAACUCAGAAGCAGCACCAGGCCAAAGGUCAUGUAAAUCGAAGUGACAAAACUUCAUCAUCCUCCACCGGAGGCACAGCUAAGUCAGCCGUAGUAUGCAAUCAAAAGGGGUCUUACGGAGCCCUCAAGGGCAUUUCUCCAAGGGAAGACGCCGCAACUGCUGAUUUGCGGGCUCGAUCACGUUCCCCACUUGUCUCUAAAGCUUCUCCUUUCGCUGAUGCUUCCACUCCUGUUAUUGUGGCCACUGCCAAUCGACCGAAUUCUUUGCUUUCGGAGGACGAAGAUGAGGCUGUACAGGAACAGGAACAAGAAGAGGAGGAAGUAGAUGAAGACACCGAUGGAGAAGCUGCUGAUGAGGAUGAUGACCUCGAGAGUGGUGACUCCGAGGAUUCUAAAUCCAGAGUUGACAGGCAGGAGGUCGAGGAGGCCAAAGAUCGUUGA